UCGUUCGUAUUAUUGACACUAGAACUCCUUAAUUAAAAAAGUAAGAUUAAAUUAGUACAUAUUUGACAAUUUUAAAUAAUUUAUAACAAUCAUCUAUAACAAAUAUAGGAGAAUCCUAUAUUUAAUUAAUCGAAACUUCGGGGAAAGGUUGAUUGAAACAUGAGCGACAACUGGGGUUUCACACGGAGACCAUUUCUGUUACCCUUCAUGAGCUCUCUCAUCAAGUCGAUCGAGUAAGGACUCCGGCUGAUGAUACGUCAUUUCCAGGAGUCAUUAGUAACUUUCCAUGAAACUUCGGGGAAAGAUUGAUUGAAACAUGAGCGACAACUGGGGUUUCUACGAAUUUUCCACUGAUCGAAACAGUAUAUAAACUGACGCAAACAUUGCUAUUUGCCAGCUUGAAGAGGGAGAUAUAAACUGACGCAAACAUUGCUAUUUGCUAGCUUGAAGAGAGAAUCAUCUCCAGGAGUCAUUAGUAACUUUCCAUGAAAUUUCGGGGAAAGAUUGAUUGAAACAUGAUUGACAACUGGGGUUUCUACGAAUUUUCCACUGAUCGAAACAGUAUAUAAACUGACACAAACAUUGCUAUUUGCCAGCUUGAAGAGGGAGAUAUAAACUGACGCAAACAUUGCUAUUUGCUAGCUUGAAGAGAGAAUCAUCUCCAGGAGUCAUUAGUAACUUUCCAUGAAAUUUCGGGGAAAGAUUGAUUGAAAAAUGAUUGACAACUGGGGUUUCUACGAAUUUUCCACUGAUCGAAACAGUAUAUAAACUGACGCAAACAUUGCUAUUUGCCAGCUUGAAGAGGGAGAUAUAAACUGACGCAAACAUUGCUAUUUGCUAGCUUGAAGAGAGAGAGAGAGAGAGACAGAGAGAGAGGGAGAGAAUGGGGGAUAGUGAGCAUUAUGGUAUCACAGUGUUCGAGUCGAGUAGGAGCAAUGAAGAAGAAGAUUCGAUCGAUUAUAAAGAAUUUGUAGCUCAAAUGGGAAGGCGUCUACAGGAGCAGAGAAGAGAAGAAGAGCAAACAUACGGUAGGCGCAAAGUGUGCAUAUACAGAGUUCCUACCAGCCUCACUGGAGUCUGUCCAGAAGCCAUUGAACCCGAGAUGGUCUCCAUUGGACCUUACCACCAUGGCAAGGAGAAGUUACUGGAAUUCGAAAGUUACAAAUGGCAAUUUCUUUCGCUCCUUUGCCAAAGGCUUGGUGAUCAACUAAGGCUUGAUGAUCUGCUGGGCACAUACUACAAGGCCAUGAAAGAGUUGGAGAAGAGAACAAGAAACUGCUAUUCUGAGGUGAUAUCCAUGUCAAGCUCUGACUUUGUUCAAAUGAUGGUGCUUGAUGGUUGCUUUAUCAUCGAGCUUUUUCAACAAAUGAAUACUGCCGACGAAUUUAAUUAUUACCACUCUAUCUUAGAGAGGCCAUGGUUGAUUCCAGUUGUUACAAGAGACCUCCUCAAGCUUCAAAACCAACUCCCUUUCGUCGUCCUUGAAAAACUAUUUGAGAUCUCAAACGUGGGGACUGAACAAUCUCUAGCCAUGCUUGCGCUUCAGUUCUUCAAUCAUUCAUUGCCUAGGCCUAAAGAAGUCCUUAAAAGGACAAUCAAGCUAAGUGGGGCUAAGCACUUGCUUGACUUGUUUCACUUAAGUUUCCUUCCUACCCCACGCGAAACUAGGACCCUUCCUACCCCACGCGAAACUAGGACCCUUCCUACCCAACGCGAAACUAGGACCGAUCCUUUGCCUCAGAAUUCAUGGUUUAAGUGUACGUUAGAUGUACUAUGUCGAGUGGCCGUACUCCCAGCCAUACCACUCAUUUGCUUCUUUGGGUUUCUACUUUCCUCAAGAACUCCAGAUGAUAAUGAUCGUGCCCCUGACCAAAGGUACCGUCCAUCUUCUGAGUCAAUCCAAUGUACCACACAACUAAGACCCUCCGGUGUCAAGUUUAGGCCACACAGAGAUGCAGAGAACCUUUUAGAUGUUGACUUCCAAAAUGGGGUACUCCAAAUUCCACCCAUAACCAUCAAUGACCUCGCCAUUGUUGUCUUCAUCAAUUGCAUGGCCUUCGAACGAUGCCACCAGUACACAUCUCAGCACUUCACCGCUUAUAUUGCCUUCAUGAGCAGGCUCAUCAAUUCAACUAGGGACGUCACACUCCUCUGUGCUGAUGGGAUAAUCACCGGCUUCUCACUGAACGAUCAAAACGUAGCUGAGAUGAUCACAAAGUUAGGGGAAAAAGUUGUGUUCAACAUAAGAGAAUGCUACCUCUCCAAGCAGUUCAGAGAUGUAGAGGCCUAUUACAGCAGCCAUUGGGCAACUUUCAUGCGAACAUAUUUUAGCAGGCCAUGGUCCUUCAUUACAGUUUUAACUGCCUUCACCGUUCUUCUUCUUGCUGGGAUCCAAACGAUUAUGGCCAUCUUGAGCUACCUUCAAAAAAAAUAGUCAAAAGAUUAAUGUUGAUGCAUGUUGGCCCUUCUCCGGAUUCCGGUUACCGGCAGAUGAGAUCUUAUACGUAUGUCGUAAGUUUGUUUAGGGAUUUCUACUUCUUGCAAUAUGAGUUUGGCCUGACGAGUGCGAGUUGAAAACGUAUCCAACCGUCACUCGUCUAUUUCUGUUUGCUUUGUAUUUCCCCUGUUUUUCCAAAUGAAAGUUUCAACUAGUCUUGUAUUUGGUGUGUUUUCAAUAAAUAUGCUUCCCUAA